AUGGUUAGAAACAUGUUGAAGAGGAAGAACUUUCCGAAAGAGUUAUGGGGAGAAGCGGUAUCCACAAAUGCAUAUUUGUUGAUUAUGUGUCCAGCAAAGAAGCUCGGGAAGAUAACACUAGACAAAGCAUGGUCCAUAUUCAAAUCAAAUCUUAAUAAUUUGAGAGUUUUCAAUUCGAAGGAUUAUGAUCAGUCGAGAUUUCAUUUUGAGAAAAUCAAGGAGCUGCAACAGCAUGUAACUAAUUACCAGAUAGGUGUAACCGGUUAUAGCAGUGAAAAAUCAGUUUCCAUAGAGCUGGAAAAUGCUGAAAUUUCCCCUAUCGAAGCUCGAAUUGAAGAGAAUGUCAAAAGAUCAACAAGGGAAAAAGGUUUUCCUCCAAGAAUCCAAGAUUGUGAGUUGUUUCGAGAUAACAAAGUCAGUGAUGAUGGUAACUUCGUCCAUUUUGCACUUAUGGUUGAAUCCGAACCUGCUAAAAUGGAAGAGGCCUUAAUUGAUCCAAAAUGGGUUUGUACUAUGAAGGAAAAGCUGGAAUCUAUUGAGAAGAACAAGACUUGGGAGUUAGUUGAUCUACCAGAAGGAAAGAAGUCAAUUGGUGUAAUAUGGGUGUACAAAGUGAAGGCAAACCCCAAAGGUGAAAUAAUCAAGCAUAAGGCUUGA